CGUCAUACUCACCGGCCUGGGAAGUGGGAAGUUAGAAGUGGAGUCCCUCCCCACGCGGCCACGCCGCCGCCACCGGCCCAGCGCCGCCACCAUGUGCGCGGCCGCCGCCGCCCGAGCCCUGAAGUCCGUCUCCCGCGCCGCCUUCUCCUGGAAGCCGACAGGGUUGCCGCAGCAGACGCUCGCCGCUGCGGUGAGCAGGUCGGGCGUGGGGCUCCACUCGGGGGCGCGAACCACCGCCAAGCUCCUCCCCGCGCGAGCCGGCGAGGGGAGGUACUUCGUCGUGGAGGGGGAGGAGACGAGGGUGGCGGCGGAGGUGUCGAAUGCUGAGGCGCACUCCCCGCUGUGCACCACGCUGCGGCGGGGCAGCGCACGUGUGCGCACGGUGGAGCACCUGCUCUCCGCGAUGGAGGCGCUCGGCGUUGACAACUGCCGUGUCGAGGUCAGCGGCGGCGACGAGAUUCCGUUGCUUGAUGGAUCAGCGCAAGAGUGGGUGGAGGCAAUAAGGGGUGCAGGUCUGUGUGCGGCCAAGGAUUCCAAUGGGCAAAAACUGGAGAAACUGGCUCCGGAGAUCCAUGAGCCUGUUUACUUGCAGAAAUCUGAUUGCUUUAUAGCUGCACUCCCAUCCUCACGAAUCCGCGUAACAUGUGGAAUUUAUUUUCCAAAAGUUCCAGCAAUUGGGUGUCAGCGUUUUGCAACAGUCCUAGAUGCUAAUGUAUACUCAAGCAAGAUAGCUCCUGCAAGAACUUUCUGUGUAUUUGAAGAGGUUGAAAAACUACGUGUUGCUGGGCUCAUAAAAGGAGGAUCACUAGAAAAUGCUAUGGUUUGCAGUAUGUCUGGUGGUUGGCUAAAUCCACCGCUGCGGUUUGAGGAUGAACCUUGCCGCCACAAGAGUUUAGAUCUUAUUGGGGACUUCUCUCUUCUUGCACAUAAUGGUAACCAGGGUUUUCCAGUUGCUCAUGUAGUUGCCUACAAGGCUGGCCAUACCCUGCAUACUGAUUUUCUACGGCAUUUGUUGGGAAGGAGCACUGUGGGCCAAGAGAAGCUUGCUGAGCAAUGUUGAUUGUUGAACUAUAUGGAUUUUGCUGUUACUUUUUUACUCCUUAUUAGUCGGACGCGAAAUUUCAAGGAUAAAUAGAGGAUAGCUGCCGUUCUUCCAGUCAGGCCAUGCAGUACCAAGUAUUCAGCUUGCAGUUAUCUGCCAACCAUUUCUCCAAGUAGUACUUUCCUAAAUUUUUUGAUCUAAUGCAUCAUGUAUCAUAUGUAUGUAACGUAAGUACGUAACUUGUUUAAUUUUUAAUCCUAGGUGCUCA